CAUUAGUACAUACAUUGACUUAUUGAGAAUUUGAGACCAUUGAGCGGGACGAUGGCAAUCCCAUUUCUCCAUCGUCACUGAAGAUCAGCCACCAAUAAAUGGACAGGAUAGUGGGCUUCGCACGUGCGCCUGCCACUGCUAUCUUACGCCCCCCAUCAACAUGCGCCUCCAAGAAAAAAAUCAACGGGUUGAGAGCAAAACUCAGCGAUGACAAUGACCCAUUACUCCAAACUGCUAUCAAUGCCGCUUCUCUUCGUUUCCAGGAGACCCGUCGACCAGAGCCUCUUUUUGUAGAUCCAUAUGCGGGUUGCUUUGUUCCUCCUGAUGUUCGGAUGGAUAUGAAUUCAUGCUCGCACCACUACUGCCUUGCAACAAAGUACAUCGAUGACAAGUUGCUUCAGACAGUGAACCAUAUUGAUGGACUCAAGCAGGUUGUUUUGUUAACAGAUGGCAUGGACACUCGGCCGUAUAGGCUUAGUUGGCCGACUUCAACCAUUAUAUUUGAUAUAUCCCCCGACAGGGUAUUCAAAGGAGCAGCAGAAAAGCUUGAAGGUGUUGGGGCAAAAAUUCCAAGAAAGUCCUUAUUCCUUCAUGUUCCAUUGGAGUCCUCUAAUAUACAGCAAAGUCUCCGUGCCAAAGGAUUCAAUGGGAAUCAGCCAAGUAUAUGGGCAAUCCAGGGGCUGCCUAUGAUGACUUUGGCAAGUUUUGAAGAGGUGUUAUUUAUUGCAAGUAAUUUGGUCAUAAACGGAUGUUUUUUCUUGGGAGAAUUGCCGGCCUGGUUGACAGAAACUGAUAUUGGAAACAAGUCAAGUACAAGACAAUGGAUGGACAAACUAUUCAUGAGCAAUGGCUUCCGGGUGGACAUGAUUAGCUACGAAGAUGUUGCAAGGAAUUUAAGCAAGCAAUUAGCAUCAGGACAGUACAAGAAUAUACUGUUUGUAGCAGAACAAUUGCGGUUUUCUGAUGAUCAGAUGGAAACUUGGAGGAGAGAAUUUCAAAGGGUGGAGGAGCAAGGGGAUGAAGAAGGCUUCGAAGAGCUCUAAAUGUGGAUAAUUAAUGUCUUGUUGGAGCUACAAGAACAUACAUUUUUUUUUUCCUCGUAGAUUUGCUUUUUAUGCUAUGCCACCACGCUGUAAAGCAUUUGGCUUUGCAUUUUAUGAAUCUUGCCUCUUGUAUAGAUUUUAUUUUCCUUUUUGUGAUUAUUUUUUUCUUUUUU